AAGAAGAAGAUGGUGGCCUUGAAGGCUUUGAGGACUUCUUUCCUGCAGAGCCCGUGAGCCUUCCUAAGAAGAAGAAGCCCAAGAAGCUCAAGGAAAGCAAGUCCAAAGGGAAGAGGAGGAAGAAAGAGGGGAGCAAUGAUGAGCUGUCAGAAAAUGAGGAGGAUCUGGAAGAGAAGUCAGAGAGCGAAGGUAGUGAUUAUUCCCCUACCAAGAAGAAGAAGAAGAAAUUGAAGGACAAGAGGGAGAAAAAAGCCAAGCGGAAAAGGAGGGAUGAGGAUGAGGGUGAUAAUGACGAUGGGUGUUUGAAGGAGCCCAAGUCCUCGGGACAGCUCAUGGCCGAGUGGGGCCUGGAUGAUGUGGACUACCUGUUCUCAGAGGAGGACUACCACACACUGACCAACUACAAGGCCUUCAGCCAGUUCCUCCGGCCGCUCAUUGCCAAAAAGAACCCCAAGAUUCCCAUGUCCAAAAUGAUGACUGUCCUGGGUGCCAAAUGGCGAGAAUUCAGCGCCAAUAACCCCUUUAAGGGGAGCUCUGCGGCAGCAGCUGCGGCCGCCGUGGCUGCCGCUGUAGAGACUGUGACUAUUGCUCCUCCGCUGGCCAUCAGUCCCCAGCAGGUGCCCCAGCCUAUGCCCAUCCGCAAGGCGAAGACCAAAGAGGGCAAGGGGCCUGGAGUGAGGAAGAAGAUGAAGAGCUCGAAAGACACCAGGAGGAAGGGCAAGGGCAAGAAAGUGGCCGGGUUCAAGUUCCGCUUCGGAGGGAUCAGUAAGAGGAAGAAAGGCUCCUCGAGUGAGGAGGACGAGCGGGAGGAGUCAGAUUUGGACAACGCCAGCAUCCACAGCUCUUCCGUGCGCUCCGAAUGUUCUGCAGCUCUGGGCAAGAAGAAGAGGAGGCGUAAGAGGAAGAGGAUUGAUGAUGGCGAUGGCUAUGAGACAGACCACCAGGACUACUGUGAGGUGUGCCAGCAGGGCGGGGAGAUCAUUCUGUGUGACACCUGCCCUCGGGCCUACCACCUCGUCUGUCUGGACCCAGAGCUGGAGAAAGCUCCGGAGGGCAAGUGGAGCUGCCCACACUGUGAGAAGGAGGGAAUCCAGUGGGAGCCCAAGGACGAUGACGACGAGGAGGAGGAGGGCGGCUGUGAGGAGGAGGAGGAUGACCACAUGGAGUUCUGCCGCGUGUGCAAGGAUGGCGGGGAGCUCCUCUGCUGCGAUGCCUGCCCCUCCUCCUAUCACCUGCACUGCCUCAACCCGCCUCUGCCUGAGAUCCCAAACGGUGAAUGGCUCUGCCCGCGCUGUACUUGUCCCCCACUGAAGGGCAAAGUCCAGAGGAUCCUACACUGGAGGUGGACUGAACCCCCGGCCUCCUUCAUGGUGGGGCUGUCAGGACCAGAGGUGGAGCCAGGCAUGCCCCCACCCAAGGCUCUGGAGGGCAUUCCUGAGAGAGAGUUCUUUGUCAAGUGGGCUGGGCUCUCCUACUGGCACUGCUCCUGGGUGAAGGAGCUGCAGCUGGAGCUGUAUCACACUGUGAUGUACCGAAACUACCAGAGAAAGAAUGACAUGGGUGAGCCACCGCCCUUUGACUACGGCUCUGGCGACGAGGACGGUAAGAGCGAGAAGAGGAAGAGCAAGGACCCUCUCUAUGCCAAGAUGGAGGAGCGUUUCUACCGCUACGGCAUCAAGCCCGAGUGGAUGAUGAUCCACCGCAUCUUGAACCACAGCUUUGACAAGAAGGGGGAGAUGCACUACCUGAUGAAAUGGAAGGAUCUGCCCUAUGACCAGUGCACUUGGGAGGUUGACGACAUUGAUAUCCCCUACUACGACAACCUGAAGCAGGCCUACUGGGGCCACAGAGAGCUGAUGUUGGGAGAGGAUGCCAGGCUGCCCAAGAGGCUGGUCAAGAAGGGCAAGAAGCUGAAGGAUGAUAAACAGGAAAAGCCACCGGAUACACCCAUUGUGGAUCCCACAGUCAAGUUCGACAAGCAGCCGUGGUACAUCGACUCCACAGGUGGCACGCUGCAUCCGUACCAGCUGGAGGGCCUCAACUGGCUCCGCUUCUCCUGGGCCCAAGGCACUGAUACCAUCCUGGCUGAUGAGAUGGGUCUGGGCAAGACAGUGCAGACCAUUGUGUUCCUUUACUCCCUGUAUAAGGAGGGCCACUCCAAGGGGCCCUACCUGGUCAGCGCACCCCUGUCCACCAUCAUCAACUGGGAGCGCGAGUUUGAGAUGUGGGCACCUGACUUUUAUGUUGUCACCUAUACGGGGGACAAGGAGAGCCGCUCUGUGAUCCGUGAGAAUGAGUUCUCCUUCGAGGACAAUGCCAUUCGGAGUGGGAAGAAGGUGUUCCGUAUGAAAAAAGAAGUGCAGAUCAAAUUCCAUGUCCUGCUCACCUCCUACGAGCUCAUCACCAUUGACCAGGCUAUCCUGGGCUCCAUCGAGUGGGCCUGCCUCGUGGUGGACGAGGCCCACCGGCUCAAGAACAACCAGUCCAAGUUCUUUAGGGUCCUGAACAGCUACAAGAUCGACUAUAAGCUGCUGCUGACAGGGACCCCCCUGCAGAACAACCUGGAGGAGCUCUUCCAUCUCCUCAACUUCCUGACUCCAGAGAGGUUCAACAAUCUGGAGGGCUUCCUGGAGGAGUUUGCCGACAUCUCCAAGGAAGACCAGAUCAAGAAGCUGCAUGAUUUGCUGGGGCCACACAUGCUCCGGAGACUCAAGGCUGACGUGUUCAAGAACAUGCCGGCUAAGACGGAGCUCAUUGUCCGCGUGGAGCUGAGCCAGAUGCAGAAGAAGUACUACAAGUUCAUCCUCACACGGAACUUUGAGGCGCUCAACUCCAAGGGGGGCGGAAACCAGGUGUCGCUGCUCAACAUCAUGAUGGACCUGAAGAAAUGCUGCAACCACCCCUACCUCUUCCCCGUGGCUGCUGUGGAGGCCCCCGUCCUGCCUAAUGGCUCCUACGAUGGCAGCUCCCUGGUCAAAUCUUCGGGGAAGCUUAUGCUGCUGCAGAAGAUGCUGAAGAAGCUGCGGGAUGAAGGGCACCGUGUGCUGAUCUUCUCCCAGAUGACGAAAAUGUUGGACCUCUUGGAGGACUUCCUAGAAUACGAGGGUUACAAGUAUGAGCGGAUCGACGGGGGCAUCACUGGGGGCCUCCGUCAAGAGGCCAUCGACAGAUUCAAUGCUCCUGGGGCUCAGCAGUUCUGCUUCCUGCUCUCAACACGCGCUGGUGGGCUGGGCAUCAACCUGGCCACAGCAGACACCGUUAUCAUCUAUGACUCGGACUGGAACCCUCACAAUGACAUCCAGGCCUUCAGCCGUGCCCACCGCAUUGGGCAGAACAAGAAGGUGAUGAUCUACCGCUUCGUGACACGGGCCUCCGUGGAGGAGCGCAUCACUCAAGUGGCCAAACGCAAGAUGAUGCUGACCCACCUGGUGGUGCGGCCUGGCCUGGGCUCUAAGUCGGGCUCCAUGACCAAGCAGGAGUUGGAUGACAUCCUUAAGUUCGGCACCGAGGAACUCUUCAAGGAUGACGUCGAAGGCAUGAUGUCCCAGGGCCAGAGGCCUGCCACACCCAUCCCUGAUGUACAGUCCUCCAAGGGGGGUGCCCUGGCUGCCAGCGCAAAGAAAAAACAUGGCAGCACCCCACCAGGUGACAGCAAAGAUGUGGAAGACAGCAGUGUGAUCCACUAUGACGAUGCGGCCAUCUCCAAGCUGCUGGAUCGGAACCAGGACGCGACGGAUGACACGGAACUUCAGAACAUGAACGAAUACCUGAGCUCCUUCAAGGUGGCGCAGUACGUGGUGCGCGAGGAGGACGGAGUGGAAGAGGUAGAGCGGGAGGUGAUUAAGCAGGAGGAGAACGUGGACCCUGACUAUUGGGAAAAGCUGCUACGUCAUCACUAUGAGCAGCAGCAGGAGGACCUGGCCCGCAACCUGGGCAAAGGCAAGCGCAUCCGCAAGCAGGUCAACUACAACGACGCCUCCCAGGAGGACCAGGGUGCGUGUGAGUGGCAGGAUGAGCUCUCAGAUAACCAGUCUGAAUAUUCCAUCGGCUCUGAGGAUGAGGACGAAGACUUUGAGGAGAGACCAGAAGGGCAGAGUGGACGGCGACAAUCCAGGAGGCAGUUGAAGAGUGACAGGGACAAACCCCUGCCGCCUCUUCUGGCUCGAGUUGGGGGCAACAUUGAGGUGCUGGGUUUCAACGCCCGCCAGCGGAAAGCUUUUCUGAACGCCAUCAUGCGCUGGGGUAUGCCCCCCCAGGACGCCUUCAAUUCCCACUGGCUGGUGCGAGACCUUCGUGGGAAAAGUGAGAAGGAGUUCAGAGCCUAUGUGUCCCUCUUCAUGCGGCACCUGUGUGAGCCGGGGGCAGACGGUGCGGAGACCUUCGCUGACGGUGUACCUCGAGAAGGCCUGUCCAGGCAGCACGUGCUCACCCGUAUCGGGGUCAUGUCGCUGGUUAGGAAGAAGGUUCAGGAGUUCGAGCACGUCAAUGGGAAAUACAGUACUCCAGACCUGGUCCCUGAGGGGCCAGAGGGCAAGAAGCCAGGCGAGGUGAUCUCUUCGGACCCCAACACACCUGUACCUGCCAGCCCUGCACAGCUCCCACUGGCCCCGCUGGGUCUGCCAGACAAAUUGGAAGCCCAGUCGGGCUACCUGGAUGAGAAGGAGCCAGGCUUGCAGAAGCCAAAGAAAUCCCUGGAAAUCCAGGCUCUGCCAACUGCCCUGGACAGAGUGGAGGGUGAGGACAAACAUCAGAACUCGGAUAACAAGGACAGAGCUCGAGAGGAAAAGCUGGACGAGGUGGAGAAGGCCCAGACCUCCCCUGAGCAGCUGUCAAAAGAGGAAGUGAUGUGCAACAAAGAGCACGUCCAGGACAGGCUGGAGCUGAGCCUGAAUCACAGCAGAGGGGAUGGCGGCGAGUUCAAGCCAGAUGACCCCAAGGCCGAGGAGAAGGAGCCCAUGGAGACACAGCAGAACGGUGACAGAGAAGAAGAUGAGGAGGGGAAGAAGGAAGACAGGAACGGGAAAUUCAAAUUCAUGUUCAACAUUGCAGAUGGCGGCUUCACAGAGCUGCACACACUAUGGCAGAACGAGGAGCGGGCUGCUGUGUCCUCGGGAAAGAUCUAUGAAAUCUGGCACCGUCGCCAUGAUUACUGGCUGUUGGCAGGGAUUGUGACGCAUGGCUAUGCCCGAUGGCAGGACAUUCAGAACGACUCGAGGUACAUGAUUCUCAACGAGCCCUUCAAAUCCGAGAUCCACAAGGGCAACUACCUGGAGAUGAAGAACAAGUUCUUGGCCCGCAGAUUCAAGCUGCUGGAGCAGGCGCUGGUGAUCGAAGAGCAGCUCCGGAGGGCUGCGUACCUCAACAUGACCCAGGACCCCAACCACCCAGCCAUGGCUCUUAAUGCCCGCCUGGCCGAGGUGGAGUGCCUUGCCGAGAGCCACCAGCACCUAUCCAAGGAGUCCCUGGCCGGAAAUAAGCCUGCCAAUGCUGUCCUGCACAAGGUCCUGAACCAGCUGGAGGAGCUGUUAAGUGAUAUGAAGGCGGAUGUGACGCGCCUGCCCUCCAUGUUGUCACGCAUCCCCCCCGUGGCUGCCCGCCUGCAGAUGUCUGAACGCAGCAUCCUGAGUCGCCUGACCAACCGUGCUGGUGACCCCACCAUCCAGCAGGGUGCUUUCGGCUCCUCCCAGAUGUACAACAACAGCUUUGGGCCCAACUUCCGGGGCCCUGGACCGGGAGGGAUUGUCAACUACAACCAGAUGCCCCUGGGGCCCUAUGUGACUGAUAUCUAGCCGUCCUCGUGACUUCCCCCUGAUGCAGAGCUCCUUUCCAGCUGAGCCAGGCCUCCCGCCUAACCCCCAUGGGAAAGAAAAGUGACCGCCUUUUUAGGAGUCUGUGCCACCUUGGGACAAAAAGGGAGGCCGGGGAACGCCAUCACACGGAGGACCAGGCAUGGCCUGGCAGGACAAAUGCCCGGAAGUGCCACCUCCUCAUAGUUCAAGUGUUCUUCCACACAGUGUCUCACCCACAGCCACGCUGGACACGCCCCUGGCCACCUCUUUUAGAGUGACUUACUUAGAGGAGACUUCAUUUACCUGUACUUAUUUUGCACUUUGCUACCGAAGAUGCGAACGUAUUUGUCUCGAUAAAUAGUUGGAUGAUGUGUGGAAGAUUCAGACUUACAAAACUCCCAUCUGUCUUUGGGUUCCAGACCUUAAGGGAAGCACUCUGGAGGUCCUGAUGCUGCCCUGUGGACUCACUCCAGCUAGAGAGAGAGCAGCAUCCCAUGUCCUGUGAAGGAACCUUUAGUGUGUCCCUUGCUCCUGUGUGACUGCCCUUCUGUUCCAGCCUCAUGCCUACUUGGAACCCCAGGGUUAGGUGGAUCAGGUCUAGACAGUGGCUGCCUAGCCUGGUGAUGCCCAGGUCAGGGUGUUUCUUACCCCCAUCCUGCUAGGUUGGGGACCACCAGGUAGGUUCCAUAUUCUAGCAGGGCACGUGUCUGUCCUAGCCCAGCAUGUCUCAAAGGCUCUGGACUCUGUUGUUUCCAGUGGACAUGUGGUGGCCCCAGCAAUACAUGGUGGAUUGAAGUGUGGGUGCCUUGGAGAGCGACGCAGGCCUUGACCUCUGCAGGGGUUUCUGGAGGUGUGCUGUCUACAGGACUGUGGUGUAGGCAGGUGGGAGAUGGUGCCCCAGGAAGGAGGCUCAUGUUUGUUGGGUGGCCCAGGAGACCCUGGCCUUGCCGUGUCCAGGGAGACUCAGCUCAUGUUUCCCUGCGCACAGUCUCCUGGCCUCCUGCUGUCCUGCCCCAGCAGAGGCCUUGAUUAGGGCACUUACUGCAUGAAGCAGGGAUCAUAGGUGCCCAUGCUGGUCAUUGGAGGGUAUGAGGAGAGCUGUGCUUGGAGGCAGGGGACUGGACUGAAUGGCCUCUUUAGACCCUAGCUGGAGCCUCCAAGGCUUCUGGCCUUAAUUACCUUCAAGGAUGCCCUGGAGUGUCAGGACCAUCUUCCCACAUGGAACACCAACUUGUCCUACUCCACCGAAGCUUGUGGUACCACAUAAUGGUCAGCGCCGGGGUUGGGGUGGGUAGAACCUGCCAGGCUCCAGGCCUAUCUGUCUGCCCCCUCUCUGGCCCUGGCUCAGUCUAGAGGACCCUCUUAGACUGGUGCCCUGUGGUUUCAGAAUCCCCUGAGGAUGAGGAAGGGGCUUCUGGGGAGAAGCCAGCUGGAUCUGGGGUCAGGGAUCCUGGAGAAGUUCAGACUCUCCUUCCUGGGAAAGGAGUGAGGGUCACACAGUGUCUCUGGGCCUUCCAGGAACGGGGCUAGGUCUCCAUGGUUUGUCUUGAGAACACUUGGGUAGUUGCCUAGGCUUCCUGAGACUCCGAUGUGCAGAUCUGUAACUUAACUCCUCUGAACCCCUGGAGGGCUGGACCCCCAUGGCUUCUCCUAUCCUACACUUUGGUCUUCAUCUAAAUCUCCAGGGCUGACACAGCUCACCAUGGGUGGGCAGAGAAGGGCUCCCUGCAUGGCGAGGGGUGUGUGUGUGUGACUGACACAAGCUUGCUCCCCAACCCCAGGGCUUUUUGUGCUAAUCCCAUUAGGCAGAUGAUCAGCCUUGUGGCUGCCCUCAUUGGGAAUUGUGCCCACACCCUUUGCCAUGAGGACAUGUCCUGAGAAUUGGGCCUGCUCUGUCCCUUCUCUGCUGCUUAGACUACCUGCCCCCCAUGGCCCUCUCCUCUCCAGUCAGCCUGGCCUGAGCUCCUUCGGGCCUGCUUACCCGGGAAGGUACAUGUUCCUCAUGACCAUCACCUGGGAGGUCCUGGAGCAUGGACUGCUGAGGCAGGGCCAGGUUUCUGGCUGACCAGCUGUGGAGAGGAGAAAGGACCCUUCAGGUCUUGUCUUGACCCCUCAGCUGUCUCCUACCAGAGUGAUGAGGCAGGGGUGGUGUCUUGAGGCUGAUGCUGGUUCUGCUGCUGGUGGAACUGGGGUCCUUGUGCCCACAUCAUCGGAGCCACAGCUGUACUGUAACACAUCCAGCUGCUCUGAUUCACCCAGCUCCAAAGGGUUUCCAUGGAACUACCUUUGGGCCGAAGGUGUGAGAUGGCUCUUGGGUGACAUGGGGAGUUUGGGGCAGAUCCAUGACAUCUGAGGGCACGCCUCUCACAUCUGCAGUGAAGUACUUCUUCCCCUGGCCCCUAUGCCCCAGGGCUCGCUCUUCCACACUCUGGGUGGGUGCGCCCCAACCCAGAUGUGGGUUGAGAGGUUCAGUGACACCUCCAGCAGACUUAGGCGUAGGGGCCAGGGAUCUUUACAGUCCUGUAGAGUGGAUAGGCAGUGGUUGCUUGCAGCCUCCGGUGUAUGCUGGGGGGCGGGGUUCGGUGGGCUCAGGCUGACCCACCCUCCACCCAAGGCACUCCUGCCCAGAGCACAGCAGAGUGAGAGAAGCUGACCUGCCUGUUUCAUAUACCCGGAAGUUUACAGGUUGUGGUGCAUCAGCCCAAAGUCGGUGUCCUUGUGUUUAUGGAUAUUUUCCCUCUUAAUUUUCAGAUUUUUUUUUAAACAAAAGUAUUUUUUUAGGUGCGAUAACCCGGAAAGGGCCGUUGGGUGUGUGUGUAUGUCCUGAACUCUCCACAUAGCCACAUAAGAGACCAGAGCCCAGUUCAGAGGCAACUCCUCAACUGGCCUGGAGGCGGAGGGGCCACCUACCACCGCCAAGCUAGACUCUUGCAGGGAGGCAGCUUGCCCAGGCCAGGCUUCCGGCCCUGUCCAGCCUCAGGCUGUGAACAGGACUGGGAGCUUGCAGCCAGUUGGGAGGAUGAGAGCAGGGGUCCCAGGGGCAGUUCCACUUUGGACCUGAGCUCCCCUGCAGGUCGAGGCUGGAUGGACUAGCCAACACAGUCACCUUUGAUUUGUAUUCUGUGUGUGUUUUGGUUUCUGUGUUUUAAUAAAUCCUUUGGG